AUGCCGACCAAGUGGGUGGACUGGGACAAGACAACCCGGUCCAAAGACUACCGGGGCUCCGGUUCCUUCGCUACCUUCCUGAUCAUCGGGCCAACCUGCUUCUUCCUCGGCAUCCUCUUCGCCUCUUUCCCCUAUGACUUCCCCCUGCUCUGGACCUCCGCCCCCGUAACCCCCGAGUUCCUCGACCACAUGGAGUCCCACCUUCGCCAAGUCUACCACUCGCCCCCGCUCAUCUCCCGCAUGCUGCACAUCAUCGUCUUCCUGGGCUUCCUCGGCUUCUUCACGAAACUCUUUCGCCCGAGCGAAGCCAACGUCCUCUUCGACGGCGGCUCGCUCAUCCUCUAUGUCAUCGGCUGCGGCGUGUACCUGAGCAAUAUCGUCACGGGCAUGAGGGCCGCGAGUCAACCCGGGGGGAUGGCCGCUGGUAGUUCUGGGAAUCGACGGAAUGGCGCUGGAGGGGCGGGGGUUUAUGAGGGUGUCCUUACGGGGGAGGUGGUGUUGGGGAGGGAGGACAGUCUACGCGUGCUGAGUGCCAGUCAUGUUAUCUUGGCGUUGGUACUGGUGGGUGUAUUGGUGCUGCAGGCGGGGCAGUGGUAUGCGGAGAGGAAAGAGGCCGAGGAGGUUGCCAAGGCGGAGAAGGAGGCCGGGGAGCGGAGGGGGAGUGGUGCGGCGGCCGUGGCGAAGAAGAAGAAUUGA